CCAUCUCUCUGCAACUCUUCUUAAUUUCUCUCCAAAGCUUUCCUUGUUUGUUCGUCGUCUCAUUUCUCUACUGUCGGGUUUACAAUGGCCGGAGAAGGUGAAGGUCCUGCUAUCGGAAUCGAUCUCGGAACAACCUACUCUUGCGUCGGCGUCUGGCAGCACGACCGUGUGGAAAUCGUAGCGAAUGAUCAGGGCAACAGGACGACGCCAUCGUACGUGGCCUUCACUGAUACCGAGCGCUUGAUCGGCGACGCCGCCAAGAACCAGGUCGCCAUGAACCCUACCAACACUGUCUUCGGUGGGUUUCUCCUGGAACAUGCAAAGAGGUUGAUUGGGAGGAGAUUCAGUGACCCUUCUGUACAGAGUGACAUGAAGUUGUGGCCGUUCAAGGUGGUCGCCGGUGCUGGAGACAAACCAAUGAUCGCCGUAACAUACAAAGGGGAAGACAAACAAUUUGCUACUGAGCUUUGAAUUGGGCCAUUAUUCCCUGCAGCACAAAUGACUGAUAUUCCAUGCUCCAUUGCUCUGAAACGGCGGGAUUGGUACACAUCAGCAUCCAGCGUGUGAAAAAACGACACGGUGGCACAGGCUAAACGGAGAUUGUGACGGUGAUGACGUAAUCUGUUAGAUAAUGAUCGAUUUGAGUAAAACGAUACUUUUAGG